UGACGCCCAGAAACCCGGAAAUGUGACUAGCUGUGUCAAGUCCAGCAGUAACUGGAGUCUUGCCUGACUCCUGUUGCUGCAGCUUGUUACCGUGUUUUUUUUUUCCUCUGGUUUUUUUUUGGUACCCCCCAAAAGAGGCGAUGCGGAUCCGGCUCACCAGGCGGUUUGCGUGGCUGGGGAAGAGCUUCCUCUUGUUGGUCUGUUUAUGGAUUCUUUAUCUUGUUGUAGGACCUUCAGUUCCUUCACUUCAGGGUUCAGCAAGUGACAGUAGCCAUGUACGAAUAGGUAGGUUUUUUACCAAUACUGCUGACGAUCAGCCUGAAGAUCUGAGCCGGCCAGUAUAUGAAAAGUCCCCACCCGACCCCAACUCCCCCGGCGAAUGGGGUAAAGCAGCCCGUUUACAGCUGACUCCAGAAGAGAAGAAACUGGAAGAAGAGUCAGUUGAGAGAUAUGCUCUAAAUAUUUUUGUGAGUGACAAAAUCUCACUGCAUCGCCACAUACAAGACAAUCGAAUGUAUGAAUGUAAAGCCAAAAAAUAUGAUUAUCGAAAGCUUCCCACAACAUCUGUUGUCAUUGCAUUCUACAAUGAAGCCUGGUCCACUUUAUUGCGAACAAUUCAUAGUGUUUUGGAAACAUCUCCUGCUGUAGUCUUAAAAGAAAUCAUUUUGGUUGAUGACUUCAGUGACAGAGUUUACUUGAAGACACAGCUGGAGGAUUACAUUAGCAAUUUACAACGAGUCCGUCUGAUUAGAACAACUAAGCGAGAGGGCCUUGUCCGUGCACGCCUUAUUGGAGCUACAUAUGCCAUUGGAGAUGUGCUUACAUUUCUAGACUGCCAUUGUGAAUGUGUGCCAGGUUGGUUGGAACCUUUAUUGGAACGGAUUGCAGAGAAUGAAACCGCCAUACUCUGUCCUGUUAUCGAUACUAUCGAUUGGAAUACCUAUGAGUUUUACAUGCAGACAGGGGAGCCCAUGAUUGGUGGCUUUGAUUGGAGAUUGACAUUUCAGUGGCAUGCUGUACCAGACUACGAACGUCGAAGACGAAAAUCCAGAAUUGAUUCCAUCAGAUCUCCAACAAUGGCAGGGGGACUGUUUGCUGUUAGCAAAAAUUAUUUUGAGUACUUGGGAACCUAUGACACUGGAAUGGAAGUUUGGGGUGGUGAGAACCUAGAGCUGUCAUUUAGGGUGUGGCAGUGUCAUGGAACGCUUGAGAUCCAUCCAUGUUCGCAUGUAGGUCAUGUCUUCCCAAAACGUGCUCCAUAUGCAAGGCCAAAUUUCCUACAGAACACAGCACGUGCUGCAGAAGUAUGGAUGGAUGAUUACAAGAACCACUUUUACAAUCGUAACCCUCCUGCAAGGAAGGAGAAUUAUGGCGAUAUUUCUGAAAGAAAACUCCUUAGGGAACGCCUUAAGUGUGAAAGCUUUGACUGGUAUCUGAAAAACGUAUUUCCAGAUUUACAUGUACCAGAAGAUCGCCCUGGCUGGCAUGGGGCUAUUCACAGUAUAGGAAUUUCAUCAGAGUGCCUUGACUACAAUGCACCAGAUCACAACCCAACUGGCGCUCACCUUUCCCUAUUUGGAUGUCACGGGCAAGGAGGCAACCAGUUUUUUGAAUACACAUCACAAAAAGAAAUUCGGUUCAACUCUGUGACAGAAUUGUGUGCAGAAGUCCCAGCAAGACAGACUUAUAUUGGAAUGAAGUACUGCCCAAAAGAUGGUGAAUCAGUUCCACAGAAUAAUAUAUGGGAGUUUAAAGAGGAUAGAACAAUAUAUCAUCCUCACUCAAAUAUGUGUAUCACUGCUUACCGUACUUCAGAAGGAAGGCCAGAUGUGCAAAUGAAAGCUUGUGACGCUUCUGAUAAAAACCAACAGUGGAGAUAUGAGUGAAGGACUAAAUAUAACUCCAAUGACCAAAUAAACACUACAGUAUUGUGCCACUGAAAACCGAACCACUGUGUCCAUUCUGAAAUUGUGGAUAUGGUAUAAGAAAAAAAUAUGUACUGAUGUUUUCAGUUUCGUGCCUGACACUCCUGUAUAUAGGAAAACUGCAUUGUGAGAAACUGGGUCCAUGAAUGAGUAGGAAUUUAAACUUGAACAAGAAGUGCCUUGUAAGUGGACUUUUUUAUUUAAAAUGGUAGCUUUCAUCUCUCAAAAUUAUUUGUGCUGCACAGUAAAUUUGUUUGAAAAUGAUAGUUUCAUUGUGAAUUACUUGGGUAUACUUCUGUACAGUUUUGUAAUAAUUUAUAGAUGUCAACUUUUAUAUGCAGAUUUCUGGAAAAUCUGAUAAUGCAAUAAUGGGGUAAAGAGUUAACUGUCGUUUACAUUUUGUAAAGGUUUUAUGGGUUCAUAAUAUCUUAUGGAGGUUGUGCAAGUAGCUGACUACUGAAAUAAAUUAAAUUAAUCUGAGCUAUAAUAUUCCAUAAGUUUGCUUUUGUUUCUAAUAAUUUCUGACAAAAAUAAUUCACUGUAAACAUUGAGAAAAUAAACAUUUUAAUUAAGA